AUAGCCAAGAUCGAAGAAGAGAGGUGAAAAGGAAACCAUGGAGAAGGCGAAGCAGCUUUUGGAAUUGACUCCGGAGGAAGCGGACGCCGUCGAGAAACUCGACGGCCGGCGGAAUAUUGCCGGAGAUUCUUGCUUCUACACAUUCUUUUCUUUCAGAGGCAUCCGAGUCAAUCGCGUCGAACCAGGACUCAUCGUUUGUACUCUCAAGGUCCCCCCGCGCCUCACAGAUCGAUCGGGGAAGCUGGCUUCAGGUGCGAUCGCAAACCUAGUCGAUGAAAUUGGCAGCACCGUAAUCUACGAUGAGCCUCCACCAACGCUGGUUUCUGUGGACAUUUCGAUCGCAUACUUGUCGACCGCCAAUGUUGAUGAUGAAUUGGAAAUAACGUCGAGGCUGUUAGGGCAGAAAGAGCGUUACAAUGGAGCCAGUGUGAUUAUUAAGAACAAAACGACUGGAGAAAUUGUUGCAGAAGGAAGGCACUCGUUCUUCAGAAUACGAUCAAAAAUGUGAUUGAAAGUAGGGAAAUUCAUUUGAACACUGAUUUUCUGAUCCACCAUUCUUGGCAGACAUAUAAUCAUAUUCAAAAUUUAUAUUGAGCAUAGUUCGUUCAUCACUACCGA